AUGCUUUCUGUAUCAAAUCUCUUGAAUUGCGAAGCUCGACAACAGCAACAGCAACAGCAAAUCCAAAAUCAACAUCAACAUCAACAGCCACGCAGGCGUCCAGCUGUACUCGACAUCUCCAACCUUCUCUGUUCCUACGAUUCACCCAAGAGUCCUUCGCUUUCUCCUUCACUCACUCCCUCACCUGCCAGUGUCACAUCCUCAUACACCAGCUAUCCAUUCCCCUUGAACAAUGGCCGUAAUACCCCUCCCCCCACCUCUGUCUGGAACUCUCAUAAACCAAUCCAAGAACCUGUCAUUUGGAACCACCACCACCACCCCCACCACCACUCCCACCAAAAGAUGCUCCUUGACAAUUCCAGAGCUUCGACCCCAAUGUCAGAAGAAGAUGAAGACGACGACGACGAUGAUACCGAUGAACUUGAUGAACACGGUAACCUUCCCUUGAAGGCCAAGCGCAGAAGAGCCAAUUCCAAGCAGCUCGAGGUCCUGAAUAGAGUAUUCGAACGCACCUUCUUCCCCUCCACUCAGAUGAGAGUCGAAUUGGGCAGACAGCUUGGCAUGAGUCCCAGAACUGUCCAGAUCUGGUUCCAGAACAGACGCCAGGCCAUCCGCACACGCGAAAGACAACGCUUGUUACGAAUCCACAAAACUUCUUCCUCUGAUUGA